AUGAUACUUCGAGAGAUGUUGAACGGGAAGAAGUAUCUGCUAGUACUUGACGACUUUUGGGAUGUCGAGAAUUUUUACAUCUGGGAAACCCUAAUAUCGAGGUUGACGUCUGGUGCUCAUGGAAGUAAGAUUUUAAUCACUAGUCGUAAAAUCAAUGUUGCACGGAGUGUCCGAUGGAUGACCAAUACAUAUCACUUGCAACAAUUAUCAACAGAUGAUUGUUGGUCAAUUAUCAAGGAAAAGGCAUUUUCAUCUCCUCGGAGCAGGGCAUCGGAGAAUCCAGAAAUGGUUAAAAUAGCAAAGGAUCUAGCAAGAAAAUGCUGUGGCUUACCACUUGCUGCCAGAAUAUUGGCCUACAUUUUGGCCUCGAAAACAAAAGAAAGUGAAUGGGAUUUCAUUCAAGAAUGCUUUAAAACAAGAAAACAUUCAAAAUUUCAUACGCAGAUCUACCCAACAUUAAACUUAAGUUACGACCAUCUGCCGUCAUCAGCUCUAAAACAAUGCUUUUCUUAUUGUUCUAUAUUUCCCAUGGGUUAUGAGAUCGAUAGAGAAGAGAUAAUCAAAUUAUGGAUGGCCGAAGGCUUUCUUGUACCAUCCAGUAGACAAAGAGACAUGAAAAUUCCAAUGGAAGAUAUUGGGAAUGAAUGUUUUGACAGGUUGUUGUCUGACUCUUUAUUCCAGAGUGUAGAAAACAAGGAUGAUGAGUUGGGUGAGAUUCAGAAGUGUAAGCUGAAUGGUUUUGUAUAUCAUCUAGCAGCCACUGUCGCUGGUGAUGAAGAUGAAAAUGUGCCGAGAAUGUUUCCAGAAGUUGGUAAUUAUAGAAACAGACUACGCACAUUUGUUGCUACUGAAGUAGGAGACUGUGAUAAGAUUGAAAAUGUUUUCCUGAAUAGGAAUUUGCGCGUAUUAUACUUGAGUGGUUCAGCGAUCCAAAAAGUACUGGCUUCGCUUUUAAAGUUGAUAUAA